UAGAAUUAUUACACUCCUUUCUUCUUAACUUGGAAAAGUUUGAAGCAGCAAAGCUUCCAACAGAAAUGGCGACAGCAAGAGUUGACAUGAAGAAGUUUUACAAGCAAAAGAAGAACACUUCUGGAAUUUCAAAGUCUUCUUCUAAGGCUGGUAAAAACAAGCCUACUACUCCUUCUCACUCUGCUUCUGUUGGAUCCGACGUUGUUCAACCUCCUGCUCUUGUCUCUCACCAUGGCUCUCUUGAUCUUCAAGAUGAUCAUGAUCGAUAUGAGGAGGUGUUGAGGCAAUUUGAUAUGAACAUGGUGUAUGGACCUUGCAUCGGUAUGAACAGACUUGAUCGAUGGAUUCGUGCCAGUAAAUUGGGAUUGAACCCACCCAAAGAGGUUGAAACUAUCUUAAAAUCGGACAAGUUUCGUGCUGAGUCCUUAUGGGAUGGUCGAGUUUAGACUUAUUAUACUGAAUUUGUGGUUGGUGUCUUCUUAGACAAUACUUUCGACAAUCUAUUUUGAAAGGUCAGGCGUUCUUGCUCUUUUGUCUAGCAGCUUUCUCACUAAUAUUAGUGCAUGUUUGUAGCCUGUAGUCCACUGGAGUGUUGUAAAUUGUAAGUUUUUGUUGUUUGCAACUGGGUAUUUUUGGUAUCUUUGGAUCUCUGGAUCUCUGUAGUUGUUGACAAUUGCUGUUUAUAUUUAAGCGACUUCUAUGAAGGAUUUGGUCCAUGUGGAUCAUGUUUUUUCCCU